GUCCUUAAAAGGGUCUGCCGGUUUUCCCCCCUCAGUCUUAAAGGGUGAGCAGUGCUGUAUCCACUGAUAACCCAGCUGCCUAGGAACUGAGUAAAGCCGGCUCCAAACUUCUCAGCUGUUGACAGGCUCGACUUGCUGAGAACACUGGUUAAAUAUAGCACUCGCGAGCUCAGCUCCUCAACAAAGUCAUUGCUCUGACAGUGUUGUGAAGGGAGCAGAAGAGGAGAAACCUAAUCUCAGAACCCAACAACACCUAGCAACAGUUGAAAAAAACUUUUAAACAAAAGUCGGUGGGAGAUAUACAACUCCCAAUUUCUGCUGAUCAGGAUUUCAGGGAGAAGAAGCUGCUUUCCCCCUCUCUACUCAAUUUCCUGCAUGACUUCAGCUAUUGGCUAGACCCAGGAAAGAAAGUGGGAAAAGCUUUUUCCUCUGUAUUCUUUUGGGCUGGAUAGUUUUUCAGAAYUCGAGUCUGUCCUGGGCUGUGGGACAAGCCACUGGGUUCUUCAAAGGAUAAACUACCUCCAUAAAGGACAUAUCCUUGGUUAAACGAGCUGCUGGCAGGUCUCUGAUUACACUGGUACACCUUGUGCUGAUUCUGACCUCAUUACACUACAGUCACCCCAAACGCUUCCCAGUAGGCACCAAGUGGGAAUGAGAUCCCGAAACCAAGGUGGCGAAAGUUCAUCUAACGGGCAUAUCUCCUGCCCCAAGUCCUCCAUCAUCAGCAAUGCUGAUGAUAAGAGUCUCUCAGAAGAUGCAAAAAAGAAGAACAAAUCAAAGAGGAAGGAGGAUGAUGUCAUGGCUUCAGGAACUGUCAAACGACACCUAAAACCAUCUGGAGAAAGUGAACGAAAGCCUAAGAAAUCUCUGGAGUUAUCCAAAGAAGAUCUCAUCCAGCUACUCAGCAUAAUGGAAGGGGAGUUGCAGGCCAGAGAAGAUGUGAUCCAUAUGUUGAAGACUGAGAAAACCAAGCCUGAGGUUCUGGAGGCUCACUACGGAUCUGCAGAACCAGAGAAAGUGCUUCGGAUCCUGCACCGAGAUGCCAUCCUUGCUCAGGAGAAGUCCAUAGGAGAAGAUGUCUAUGAGAAACCCAUCUCAGAGUUGUUAAGAGAUGAUUAUGUGAUGGAGUACAGCCAACAAGUUGGAUACAAUUCCAUGAUUGAGAUGCACCUUUACUAG